AUGAGCAAAUAUAAAAUAGCUUUCAUCAUAUCAACGUUUUUGUGUAGCAUUCAUUACUUGGUUGAAGGUUAAUGCUUUGAUACUAAGAAGUAUCCUCGUGGAUUUGGGGAUAACUUUGGAUUCAGUCUUGCAUAGGAGAUUGAUGUUGAUGAUAGUUUUAACAUCAUUACUGGAGGAUUAACUGGAUCUACCUAAGUUGGAUUAUUGACACCUGAUGAAUACUAUAUGCAUUUUCAGUUUAUUAGCUCAGAUGGUAGCAAUGACUGGGUUAGAAUUUAUAAUUAGCCCAAAUUUACAUAUUUAAACAAUCUUGUAUUUUAAAAGGGGGUACAUAAAGCAGACUAUGCUGCAGCAAUAAUCUACGGUUCUGAUUCUCUAGAUUAUAUAAUGCAUUUAUUACUAAUCAGAAUUUCAGAUGGGACUUUAGUUAGUUCAUACAAAGAUUAUACUUAUUUUGGACAGUAUAAAUGGUAAUAAUCAGGUUUCAAAUCUGUACUACUUGAUUCAUCAAACAAUUUAUAUCUCGGAAGCCAUGUAAUUCAAGAUGGAAUAACAAAGAUUACUAAAAUAGAUAUGUCAAGUACAUCUUAAACUAACACACCACUAUGGAAUUAUGCUUUAACUAUUUCAGAUUCUUACCAAGUCACAGAGGUAACUGCUUUAGAUUUAGGUAACUACGAAAACAAUCUUUUUGUGGCAUCAUAUUUUAAAAUUACGGAAGCAAGAUAAGAAUUUUACCCUACUAUCUCUCGUUUUAACGCACAUAAUGGCAUUCAUGAAUACAGCUUCUCUCAAUUGUUAACGAAAGAAUGGUCUUAUUCUAUGGGGUAAAUCCAAAUAAUAAAUAUGAUCAAUAUUGGUAGCGAUGAUAUCUUCUUUGGCUGUCAGGAAAUUGCAUAUUUUCAUUAUCCUAUGGAGUUUAGAGUAUCUCUCUUUCGUUUAAUUGUUGCCUAGGAUUUUUCGAUUAGUUCGUAUAAUAAAUUCCAUUUUGAGGAGGGACUUAAUUGUAUUGAUCUUUUGGUUUAUUCAUAAUAGGAUUUCUAUACAUUGGUUUAUAACUAUGAUACCUAUAAGUAUUACUUGAUUUUUAUAAAUGGCAUAUAGAAUGACGUUGAUAGUCAGAUUACCAAAAAAGAGUUUUUUUAUUAAGGUUUUGACAUGUAUGCAAAUAUUCUAUUCAAUGGAGGAGCUAUAUUGCCAGAUUAUAAUGUUUUAUACUUUAACAGUCUUAUACUUAAUAAAAUUUCAUCCGAAAAGUUUUUCGCUCUUUACGUACCGAUGGAAACCUCUUAAUCAUGUUUAGUACUGAACCUACUUCUUUGGAUCUAUAUCUUGUCACUACAGCAAAUCUUGAAGUAGUUGAUAACUCACUAUUUAAUGUAUAUUCUGGAUAAAUUUGUGACUCAAUAGCAACCAUUUAAAGAACUUCAGAUUCCAUUAGCACUGUAUAUCUUAUGGAUAGAACUUACACAUUAAUUCCUUUAAGCAAUUAAAAUCUACCGUUUCAACUAGAUGGUUCAAACUUAGUUCUCUCAAGCUAGAAUUUCUAAGAAUAAACAAGUACAUUUAAUUUAAAGUGUCAGUUUCCUGAUAAUAUACACUAUUGGAAAUGUUCAGGCUAGCAUUGAUAUUACUUAAGUGACCAUGAAAGAAUACUGUGAUCCUCCUAUUGAUAUUUAGUCUUCAACUUUACCUUCAACUUCGGCUAUUUCUUUUGAUGGUACCAAUGUUAAUAUAUACUCAACUGAUGGCACAUAAAUAGGAGAGUAUUAAGUUGAAGUAGUAUACUAUAAUUAGUAUGAUCCAAACCUUUUUAAUUAAGCAAGUUUCAAAGUCACAGUCUAAUGCACAUUGACGAAAACUUAAUCUUAUACUGGCUAAAGCAGCUACACUUAUACAGUUGGUACAGGAUCAAGCAGUAUAGACCUCAGUAAUUACAACUACUACAACAACAUCAACUACAACGACAACAACUACAACAACUACUACUACCACAACUACAACGACCACAUCAACAACUACCACUACUACGGAACCUACAACUACUACAACAACGACAACCACAUCAACUACUACUCCAGAACCUAUCACAACAACAACAACCACAACAACUACUACUACUCCAGAACCUACAACAACAACCACAUCAACUACUACCCCAGAACCUACUACAACUACAACAACAACAACCACAUCAACUACUACCCCAGAACCUAUAACAACAACAACAACAACAACCACAACUACUACUACUCCAGAACCAUUGACAACUACUACAACAACUACGACUACUCCAGUACCUAUUACAACGACAACAACUACUACCACACCAGAACCAUUGACAACAACUACAACAACCACAACUUAAGCUCCGCUCUCAAGCACAUCUACUACUUCACAGGCCCCAGUUAAGCAGGAGUUAAGCUAAUUCCAGGCAUCUUUAAUAAAUAUAAAUUAAGAAGUACAGUAGGCCAAUUUAUUGAAUUAGAGGUCUAAACAUUCUUGAUUUAAAAUGAUAUUGAAAUCAGACAAGAUUGGACAUUAUAUAAAGAUCAAAAUUAAGAGCUAAUUGACAUGCCAGUUUAUGGAGGUGUUUCUACACUUAUUAGGGAACUACCAAAAUAGUUGAAUACAAGUAUAUAAUCAUUAUAUUAAUCAUUACUAGAUGAUGCUAUUUUUGUUGAGAAUGCUGGUAAAAAUAUUCGAAAUGUAGUAGAAGCUACUAUCUAUUCAAACUUAGUUUCCUCUUCUUUAAUAUUGUCUGGUUCAGGAGUUAUUUGGUCCUUAGUUCAUAAUAUUUAGCAAGUUUCUAAUCUCCCAUUGUAUGAUGUUGAAAUGACUUAAAAUGCCAAUUAUUUCACAUAAUAUCUUAGAGACUUUAAUACUUUUAAUAUCAUUCCCUCACUAUCUGGGACACAGGAUUAAACUAUUGUGGGUAGCAGUAGAUUAUUGGAAGAAAUAAGAGAAGAUAAUUUUAUUUUAUCGAAAUUAAAAUAAAUAGGUUAUAAUAGUGAAUAGUUAUUUGUUCAAUUCAAAUGUUUGAUGGGAAAAUAAGAAAAUGGACAAUGA